UGACCCGGGACGAAGCGUCCGUCCACAAGCCCACAUUUCCGUCUUCUACGCCUCUUCCCUUCCCCUCAAGCCGCCGCAACCAGAAGAAGAGAGAGAGAGAGGGAGAGAUGAGCCUGCAGAUUCCGGCUAGGUCACGCGGCCUCCGCCGCCUCCUCCUGCUGGGUGGAGAAUCUCGCAUCCGGCGGUCAUACUCCACCGGUGACCGUCGCCGCCGGGUGAUCCGCGAGGCACGGGAUGAGGAGGAGGACGAGGCCUUCCUCCGCACCCUCAACUUCGGGGCUGACCCAGAGAACAACCCCCUGCCCCCACCGCCGAGACGCGCAGGGGGAGCCCCUGACCCCUCCGCCGCCGGCGCCUUCCCUGCUGACAUCCUCCGACGCGCCGCCGGGAAGCAGCAGCAGCAGCAGCGUCCGGAAAGAAGCGCUCAGAAAGCCAUCGGGGAGUCGCUGAUGGAGAAGCUUAAGCUGGGCGACGCCGCCUCCUCCACGGGAAGCAACAUCGAGGCUCAGCAGCCUGAGCAUGAACCGGGGCAGCCACCGCAGACGGAGGACGUGGACGAGAUCUUCCGGAAGUUGAAAGAGACGGGGCUGAUACCCAACGCCGUCGCCAUGCUCGACGGCCUCUGCAAGAACGGAUUGGUGCCGGAGGCCAUGAAGCUGUUCGGUCUGAUGCGCGAGAAGGGCGCUAUCCCAGAGGUGGUCAUCUACACCGCUGUUGUCGAGGCCUUCUGCAAAGCAGCCAAGCUGGACGAUGCCGUCCGGAUCUUCAGGAAGAUGCAGGGCAACGGGGUCAUUCCAAAUGCCUUCAGCUACUGGUUGAUUAUACAGGGUCUGUGCAAGGGCGACAGACUGGAUGAGGCGGUUGCUUUCUGUGUGGAGAUGUUCGAGGCUGGGCAUUCCCCGAAUGCUGCAACGUUUGUGGGUUUGGUUGAUGCAGUAUGCAAGAUGAAGGGGGUAGAGGAGGGUGAGAAGCUUGUGAGGAGCUUCCAGGAUAGGAACUUUGCCAUUGAUGAGAAGUCCAUCAGGGAACAUUUGGACAAGAAAGGGCCAUUCUCACCGAUUGUUUGGGAGGUGAUCUUUGGGAAGAAAAAAACAAGCCGCCCCUUUUGAUCUAACUAGUAUGUGCUCAUCCUCUCAAUAGUUGAAGCUCCUUCCGUGGUUAAAUCAAAAUGGCUAGCAUGUUGUUUUUACAUGAUGUCCACCCACCAGUGAUUUUGUAUUUCUCUGUGUUUACAUGCAAUUCACCAACAUUUAGUUGCUGCUUGGAACCAAUAGCUCGGUGAUAUUUUUUUACUAAUCAUAAGCCAGUUGGUUGUUGUU